AUGACGCUGUUGAGUUUCUUUGGCAACCUGUUUACUGCAUAUGGGCCGGCAGUUAUGCUGAUGCUCAUGUACAUAGGACCUAGUGCCCGUCUAAUGAUGAUGUCUCUCUCCAGCGGGUUUGUUUGGCUGCUGUCGAUUCUAGUUGCAGCAAUCAUAGCACACUUUUUACCCAAUUUAAGCAGCAAUAGCUGGCAGAUGGUUGUCAUGAGCUCAUGCAUACAGGAAGUCAGCAGAGUUGCUACAUUUUAUUUGUUCAAAUAUGCAGACUCGGUGCUUAUUCUGAUUUCAUCUGAUCCAACUACGCCGUUUAAUCGGGUGCAUCAUUCAGUAGCUGCUGGAUUUGGAAUUGGGAUGAUGAGUGGAAUGGUGAGCUUUAUUACUCCGCUCUUUGAAUCAAUAUCUCCUGGCAUCAUGGUCUGCAGCUCAUGUCCUGGAACAGAUAUUUUUUUUAUUGGAGCAAUCACUACUUCGCUGUUUAUAUUUCUACACAUCAUGUGGAAUGUUGUUGUAUUUGAUGGAUGGUACAAGGGCCAAUGGUAUCAGUUUAUAUGGGUGAUGCUGUCUCAUUUGGGUGCAUCCCUUGCAACACUUUGGAUUCCAUCCAAUGUAUCUGGUGGAUGCAUUUACUCGAUAGCGGUUCAGCUGGGAAUUUUAGCUAUUAAUGCAGCGUGUAUAGUAUGGAUUGUGAAUAGCAAACUCAAGUCUAAACAGAAUUGA